AUGAAAACACCAGACUAGAUAGCUAGAGCACAAAAGGAAAACAGAAAACACAAGCCAUGCCUUACUUCACUGAGGAUCUCAUCACAGAAAUCCUCUCAAGAUUGCCCGCCAAGCCUCUCAUACGAUUCAAAUGCGUCUCCAAAAGAUGGAAUUCUUUGAUCUCAGACCCUGCAUUUGCCAACCUUCAGCUGAGAAGAGCCAACAGAGACGACGGCAACAGGCUCUUCCUCACGACUGCGCCGCCUCAAUCUCUAGACUACAACCAUGGUGCUUUUCGAAAGUUGAGUUAUCCUGCUGCAAUGAUGAAAGGCGGCCCUCCUUCCGAUUUCAUACCCACAUGGGUCCUGGGUUCUUGUAAUGGGCUGAUCGGUUUCAGGGGUUCAUCUCUGCGUUAUGGAUAUGCCGGCGAGUUCUUGUGGAAUCCGACCACCGGAGAUUAUAAAGAAUUGCCAGACGCCCCACACCUUAAAUGUUUGAUUUAUUGGCCGACUCUCUCCGGAGUAGGAUAUAAUGUUAGCAGCAAUGAUUAUGGAGUAUUGCAUGGUUUCACGAAGAACCAGAGCAAGGGGACAAGGGAAACUGCUCUUCAGCUCUGCACAUUAAAGACAGGAAAGUGGAGACAAAUUCAAGACGCUAAUCCAGAUUUAGUUCCCCAUCUUAAAGGAAGGUCUAUUUCUUGGAAUGGAGAUAUGUUUUGGUUGGGUUGUAAACCAAAUGGUGUCCGCUGUCUUGGUUCUUUUGAUCUCAAAGAGGAGAAAUUCAAAGAAAUCCAGCUGCCAUUACUGGGUGACAGAAGUUCUGGUGUAAUGAGUUUGGGAAUAUCAGGGAACUCAUUAUGUGUGUUUUGUAAAGGAAAGGAGAGCUGCUUUGAGGGUUGGGCAUUGAAGCUUGAUGCCAUUGGAGCAUCUUGUUGGAACAGACUCUUCAGUUUUCCACUUGACACACUUUGGGGUCCUAGAGACACUCUUCUAUGCUUAACAAAGGAAGGAGAGAUUCUUAUGGAUUCUGGAGAGAUUCUAAUGGAUUCUAAUGAACUCAGAAUAUACAUUUACAAUCUCAAGGAUAGGGAAAUUAAAUAUUUAAAAGUAGAUAAUUAUAUUGAUAAAUUCUCAAAGCCAGUAUUCUACAUUGAGAGUUUGGUUUCGCCAAAUAAUUAAAAAGAAAUGAAGCGUAGUUGUUAUGAAGCGUCGAGUUUAGUAUACAC